AUGGCUUUUCAAAAACCAGUGGCUGAGUCUAAAAGUAUUCCACUGAAAAUAUUGGUGAACAAACAAAGAAACAAAGUUGUUUUUGUGGAAACCACUAAAGACUUUGUCGACACUCUCUUCAGCUUCCUCUCUCUUCCUCUUGCUACCAUUGUUCGUCUUUUAGAAACAAAUGACAAUGGCCAACAACAAUCAGAGUCUUCACCGUUCCUUGACAACAUAAAAAAUCUCUACCAAUCUGUCCAAAACCUUGACUCAGAUGAUAUUUGGAACAACCCUAUGUGCAAACAAAUACUGCUCCGUCCUAGAAAUCCCUGUGAAUCACUUUGCAUGAAAUUGUUUAUGGAUAUUGAACAAGCUGUAUUACCAACCAAGUUUUUUGUUUGUGAUUCUUGUUACAAGUUCACUACUUUUCCAAAUACUCAUUGUUCAUGUGGAAAAUCCCCUAAUAAAGUGCCUCGGAAUUUGGAUAUUCUGACUCAGAAGAGUCCUCAAGAUGGCGUAUUUGUUAAAGAAAAAGGACCAAUGUUUCUGAUUUCUGAUGACUUGAAGAUUGUGUCAAGUUCCAUGUUGAGUUCCUUAGAGAUGUUGAUCAAAUUGGGCUAUUCAGACUUGACUCAAUUAGAAGAAAUCACACACAACAUUGGCAAGCAUGAGAUAUUAAACCUUCUCAAGUAUACUCUAAUCUCUGAUGAGCCUCUCACAAAAACAAUCUUCGCAAGUUGCUCCAUAAACAAAUAUAUCCGACCUAAUCAAUUUGCAUCGACAGUUAGUAUAACUCCUUUUGCUAAUGACAUCACCCGAAAAAUGAAGGUAAAAGUAAUGCAAAGUAAGUCUCAGAAAAAUAUAAUCUAUGCAGAAGCCAAUGGAGAUUUUGUGGAUUUCAUUUUUAGUUUCCUUACAAUGCCAUUAGGGUCGGUAGUAAACUGUUUGGGAGUUAACUCUUUUGGUGGAUGUGUUGGUAAUUUGUACGAGAGUAUGAAGAGUUUUGAUCCGACAUCAGUGUUACUCAAUCCUGGCAUAGUUAGUUGUACAAACCAUCUUCUCAAUAUUCCUCAUGUAAUACCACCUCCCACAACAUAUUAUUAUGGUGUGCAAGAAUGGCGAUAUAAAUAUGUUAUUGAAGGAGUGAUUUCUAAGUCGCCGGAAUCUAUUUAUGAUCGAAGAUCCUUGAUUUCACUGGACUUUAACUUGUUAAAAAAAGGUGUUGUCGGAUUUGUGAAGAAAGAUGCAUUGUAUGGUAUAGGAGAUGACCUAAAAGUGAAACAAGAUUAUGCUACUUUUCUCUUUUCUUAUCUGAAAGAACUGAACCUUUCUCUUGAUGAUCUUGAAGUGAAGGUGAUAAGCAUUGGUGAAGUUGAGGCUUUGAGUAUCCUUGGAGCAUGCGUGACAUCAAACUUUACCUUGACAAGUGCUCUCAAACACUUCUUGAAUGUGCCAAAACAUGAAUCCACCUUGACAUUAGCAACCUAG